AUGAGUCCAGGAGGGACCUGGGUCAACAUUCGGCUCCCCUUGUCGGAAGCAGAGAAGCUAUUAGAUACUAAGUAUCAUGUAUAUUUAAAUGAAGCAACGGGCCAGACUCACAUCGCGUGUGAGGACUAUAAGCUACCAAAGCAUCUUUUGCAGCACAUAGAUAUUGUCAUGCCCACAGUCCACUUUGACACUGCACCGGCCACUAAUAGGUAUCAACACGCCGGUUUUGGUCAAGAUCUGCCAAUUACUUCGAGGAAGCAAAAGCGAGGAACGCCCACCGGUCAAUCUUUUACUGCCCCUCAAGUCAUUCCGGUUCCAGGAGCAGCUCGGCGACUGGGCAAUCCAAGUAGCGGAAACAUACCACAUUACUCAAAAGACUUCAAUCCCUCUGAAAUCUCGCACAUGAAACACGAUCUUGCGCACUGUGCAAACGUGACAACAAUAGAAUGUUUGAAAGCCCUUUACAAAUUCGGAGAUUAUGAAAUGACCUCACCAGCUAAACACAGCCUAGCAAUUGUCGAGUAUACACCCCAAUCAGUCAUCUACAAGGAUAUGGACUUGUUUUUCUCAACCUUCGCUCCGAAAGUUAAAGGAUCCCGUCCGAAUCUUGUCCCGAUUGAUGGCGGGGAGCUGAAUCAAGAAACCACGGAAUUCGGCUUGAAUGGCGAGAGCAAUCUUGAUUUGCAAUAUUCUAUGCCCCUUGUAUAUCCUCUCAAUAUCUCGCUAUACCAAGUGGGGGAUCCCGAAAUAGGAGGAAGCUUUAACAACUUUCUCGAUGCCUUAGAUUCCAGCUAUUGUUCCUCGCCAUUAGACCCUAUGCAAGAUGGCCUUUACCCAAAUCCACGAGGUUACCCCAAGCGUGACUGUGGAAUUGUCAAACCUGCUAAUGUUAUCUCAACUUCGUAUGGAAUGAACGAAGCCGAUGCAACACCGUCAUACCUUAUACGACAAUGCAACGAGUACGCAAAGUUGGGACUCAUGGGGACCUCUUUCCUCUUUUCUUCAGGUGACAACGGUGUGGCCGGGAACCGAGGAGUUUGCCUCAAUCGUGAUGGUAGCCAAAGUGUUGAGGGCAAGAUCUUCAACCCGUCUUUCCCGGGGACAUGUCCAUACGUCACAUCAGUCGGCGCGACUCAAGUUCCGUCGGGCAAAACGGUCCAAGAUCCGGAAGUGGCAUGUUAUACAAAGAUACAAAGUGGUGGCGGAUUUAGCAACGUGUUCAAGAUGCCUUCUUAUCAAGCCUCAGCGGUAAAGAAAUUCUUCAAAAACCAUCCACCAAGAAUUUCACGAGACAGGUACAACUCUUCAAUGCAGACCAGGGGAUUUCCAGACCUUAGUGCCAAUGGUGCAAACUACGUGGUAGCUGUUGAGGGUAAAUUUGGACUGGUUUAUGGGACUUCCGCUUCAGCGCCAGUGGUCGCAUCGAUGCUCACCAUGAUCAAUGACGCAAGGAUGAGCUUGGGCAAAAAGCCUGUAGGUUUUAUAAAUCCAGUAAUCUAUUCCCGGAGAUUUGUCAAAGCUUUUAACGAUAUCAGCGGUGGGACCAAUCCAGGGUGUGAUACCGAAGGCUUUUCUGCCGUAGCUGGGUGGGACCCAGUUACUGGCCUCGGAACGAUGGACUUUACAAAGUUUUUACCGAUAUGGAAGAAAUUGUAA